UCCUAUUUGAUGAAUGCCGCUAGUCUUGGCUUAGCAGUCAGGCUAUCCGGUGACUUGUGUGUUAUAAGUUCUUUAUUGAAAUUGUUGAAUAAUUUAGUCAUUUAGGCGUGUAUUUAGGUGUCGCCUCUUUUUUAAGCUACACUUCUGAGUUGGUUCUUCGUCUCUGUUCCCUUUGGAGGCAUGCUGCGCGUGAGGUCGGUGCUCUGUCAGUCCUGGAGAGGGUUCAAGACCUUCCCUUGUGCUGCUGUGGAGGUUAAGAAUGAGCCCAUCUUGGCGUUCAAAGAGGGAAGCAAAGAAAGAACAGAGCUAGAGAAGGCACUUAAAGACCUAAAAGGAAAGACGGAAGAGAUUCCGUGUGUGAUCGGAGACGAACAGAUAUGGACCAAAGAUAUCAGAUACCAGCUAUCUCCGUUUAAUCAUGCACACAAAGUGGCCAAGUUCUGUUACGCUGAUAAGGAGCUCUUGAACAAAGCCAUCCUGGCGUCUGUGGCAGCGAGGAGAGAAUGGGACCUCAAACCAGUAGCAGACAGAGCCCAAAUCUUCUUCAAGGCUGCUGAUGUAAUCAGUGGACCGAAGAGAGCAGAGGUUCUGGCCAAGACAAUGAUUGGCCAGGGUAAGACCGUGGUGCAAGCUGAGAUCGACGCUGCAGCCGAGCUCAUUGACUUCUUCAGGUUCAACGCCAAGCACGCAGUAGAGCUGGAGCAGCAGCAACCUCUGGACAGUGAUGGCAGCACCAACACCAUGCUGUAUCGUGGGCUUGAGGGUUUUGUAGCUGCUGUGGCUCCUUUCAAUUUCACUGCCAUUGGUGGAAACUUGGCUGGCACGCCAGCUAUAAUGGGUAACGUGGUGCUGUGGAAGCCCAGUGACACGGCUAUGUCUGCCAGCUAUGCAGUCUAUAAGGUUCUGCGCGAGUCCGGCUUGCCACCCAACAUCAUCCAGUUCCUUCCAGCCGAUGGCCCAGUUUUCGGCGACACCGUCACUUCUUCUGAGCAUUUGGCUGGAAUCAACUUCACCGGCAGUGUCCCAACAUUUAAGCGUCUGUGGAAACAAGUUGCACAGAAUCUGGACAUCUAUAGAAACUUCCCUCGUGUUGCUGGAGAAUGUGGCGGCAAGAACUUCCAUUUUGUGCACAAGUCGGCAGACGUCGGCAGUGUGGUGACUGGAACCAUUCGCUCAGCAUUUGAGUACGGAGGGCAGAAAUGCUCAGCUUGUUCCAGGAUGUACGUCCCAGACUCACUCUGGCCUCAGAUUAAAAAAGAGCUCCUGGAUGUGCACAAACAGAUCAAAGUGGGAAAUCCUGUCGAGGAUUUUGGCUCAUUUUUCUCAGCGGUUAUUGAUGACAAGUCCUUUGGCAGGAUCAAAGGCUGGCUCGAUUAUGCCAAGUCAUCUCCCAACCUUACCGUGAUUGCUGGAGGAAAAUGCGACGACAAGAAAGGAUACUUUGUGGAGCCGACGAUUAUCGAAACCAAAGAUCCGCAGGACAAAAUAAUGAACGAGGAGAUUUUUGGACCAGUUCUGACUGUCUAUGUCUAUCCUGAGAACGACUACAAGAAAGUGCUGGAGCUGAUUGACAACACGUCUCCGUAUGCACUAACAGGAGCUGUCUUCUCUCAAGAUAAGGCUGUUUUGGAUGAAGCAGCAAGAACACUGAGAAAUGCAGCGGGAAAUUACUACGUUAAUGACAAAUCGACAGGUUCGAUUGUGGCCCAACAGCCUUUUGGAGGCGCCAGAGCAUCAGGUACCAACGACAAGCCCGGCGGCCCGCACUACGUCCUCAGAUGGACGUCACCGCAGGUUGUAAAGGAGACCCACAUUCCGCUUAGAGACUGGAAAUACGCCUACAUGGGCUGAGAACUUUUCCCGUUCCGUCCACAUCACACCUACCUACAAACUAUGCUAGUGACGACUUGAUUUAACAUUUUAUAAUUACCAAAGUGGCCUUUUAAAGUGUCUCAGUUUCCACAACAGAGGCUUUGAUGGAGCAGUGUCUCCUUGUGAUGAUCCUCUGGGCUGAAGAGGCAAAACUACUGGAACGUCCCUUAAAUAUGUGAAAACAGUUAGGAGCACUGCAUGGAAGCUGCCUCUGGUGGUUUUUCUCAGCCCAAACACACACACACACACACGUAUGUCAUUAGCCGAUAUGGCAAGUUUUAAUAGUGUUGAUUAAAGCGAGAUGAUCAGAAUUGCACUGAUAAUUUCUGUUACUGUCAUUUGGUUUCGUUUUUGUGUUUCCGAAUGGACUCUGAAUGCGAAGGCUACUUUUUGCUUACUUCCUAGAUCUUCUAAAAUACUGUUAAAUGGGAGUUUAACACAUUUAUCAAUGUAUAAUGUUGUUACAGUAGUGUAAAUACAGAUUUAAACACUGACAUUGUCUACCUUUUUGUCUGAGUUAUAUGAUGUAAUUGAUUAAAUUAAUACAUUACUAAUUAAAAACUGAAUAAUAUAAUGCUUCUUAUCGACUAUGUACUGACAGUAAUGGAAUCAACGUUAAAUGAACUUCCUGCAAUGGAAAUAUUGUUAUUAAAUCAACACAAUAUCAACACAAACUGCUUUAUUACUGCUACUCUUGGACAUGGGUGCUGCCAUCUAGUGGACAUUGUUGGGUAUUUCUUCAUCAUAAAAAAUAGUAAGAGUUAUUAUAGUUAUUUAGUUAUUUAGUGUCACCCCAAUGAGGAUGAGGUUCCCUUCUGAGCCUGGUUCCUCUCAAGGUUUCUUCCUCAUAGCAUCUCAGGGAGUUCAUCCUUAGGCUUUUUUCCUUCUCUGCUUCUAUACUUCUGUAAAGCUGCUUUGAGACAAUGUUCAUUGUUAAAAGCACUAUACAAAUAAAUUGAAUAUAGUUUUUUUU